AUGCACAUUGGCGCCAGCUUCGACCAACUCUAUGUCGACGCUUGUAAGCGUCUGGUCGCGAGUGUCGGCGGGGGCGUUGACGUGACGAGUAUCGCAGCGCUCGUUGAUAUCACGGACCUCAAGCAUUUCCUCGAGGAGUUGAUAAGCCAUAUGCCAGCGUUUUGUCAGUAUCGCAAGGGGCAGCAAAGCCUGUUUCGCCUCGAUGCCGGGAUUGCCAAUCUCGAGGGCCUUGAAAGAGAGGAUUUCGGCGACUUCUGGCGGUUGACGACGAGCUGCACGGUCUGGCUAGAAGAGCAGGUGCAGGACGGUGUUCCCUUGUGGAUCUUGGCCAUUGACCCGGGCUCCAGCAUCCAGGAGGAGCCUAGCGAUCGUCCACCUGUCAGGACAAUCAGUCCAUUAGGGCCUCACAUACGGCAGCUGGUUUGGCAACAUGAAGUUUACUUCGGACUCAGGCAGGAGGACGACACACAUGAGAGGGAUCCUCCCAUAAGCGCCGCGGGUGUUGACAUCUGCGCCGGCAUCCAGGAGGGCUUUUACGGCGGCGAUGUUGAGGUGGCUUACGGCGACGGCCAGCGGGGUUUCCCGAGAUUUCCACGCGCUCCGUCGCGAGCGAUUAGGCUCGGCCGAGAAAGCUUCUGCAGGCAAGCGGGAGCCCAGACGCUGGGGCGGUGGGGAUACAGACGGCUAUCACUGCAGAAGUCCAUGCUACAGACAUGCAACAGCGAGAUGUGGGGUUCGAUCGCCAUCGAAGUCGUCAUCAUCUUCGUAGUGUCCCAAGAGUUUUCUAUCCUCGAAGAUGCCCAAGUUGACAUCGGCACCGAGGUCAAUCAACCUGAGGGCGUCCCCGAAGCGGCCGAGACGUCAAGCCUCCCUCAGCGGUGUGAUCUUGAAAGACUCGAAACGUCGAGAGAUCCCGGACUACAGGUUGAUGCUGGCUCCGCGGGCAAGCAGCAGGGGGAUCGUCGACUCCCAGUGUCGGUUAGCAAAGGCACAACAGAAUGCGGUAAGGCUUUCCUCGUCUGGUUCGUCGACGUGCAGGUCUAG